AUGGGUGCUGAGCGUCACAUGUGUCUGAUGGUUCUCUUCUCAUUUCUCACAGGUACAAGUGGAGCAGAAGACACUCAUGCGUUCUUCAUUUCUGGUGAAAAUGUCCGUCUGCCCUGUAAUAAUGCUCUUUCUGACUGUACAUCAACUACAUGGAUCUAUAGCAUAAAUUCACGGACAAUUGAACUGGUUGCUGGGGGAAAAACAAAGAAUGACACAGAGAGACGUGAGAGACUGAGUCUGGGCUCUGACUGCUCUCUGAACAUCAAGAAAGCCACAAAAGAAGAUUACGGAUCUUACAGCUGCCAACAAUAUUUUAACAGACAACAAUAUGGAACUGAUGCACGCGUUUUUCUGCAUGUUCUUUAUGGUCAGAUUUUCUGUACAGCACAUAAUAUCUUAAAUAACCCAAAGAGUGAAUCCAUCAUUGCAUUUUUGUAUUGUGUUUCAGUCUCUUCAUCACUCUCUCAGACUGAGAUCAGAGCAGGCAGAUAUGUGACACUCUACUGUCAACUGGAUCUUUAUGCAUUCACUUGUGGUGAUUUGGUAAAUUAUAAAGGAUAUCAGCUGGUGUGGGUGAAUCAGGCUGGUGUGAAUCUGAUGAAAGACUCCAGAUAUCAGAUAUCAGAUUUCCCCUCAAGUGACUGUAAGAUCACUCUGACUACAACACUCCUGAAUGAAGAUCACAACAGAGAGUGGAGAUGUCAGCUUACUCAGAACAAUCAACUGAAGACCUCAGCCUCAUUCACUGUCAAGUACACGGGUCAAACUGAGACAAAGACACAAACUCCAGUCGGCAGCUCAGAGACCACUGUAAACACACCAGUAACUUCUUCACAACCAGCAUCAACUACAACAACAGCAGCACUGAUUCCAGUAGCCACAACAAACUUUGUAAUGACAAGUAGUCAAGUACCAAGGCCACCAGAUGAUAAAGGUAUGUAUCCUAUAUAUUUUUUCUCUCCCUCAGUGAUUGCAGUUGCUGUUAUUCUCGCUGUGUUGUUUGUUCUGAUCAUUGUCGUUGUUCUCUGGAUGAGAUGUCAAAGAAGAGCUGACAAUACAAAAGAGACUAACGAGCCUGUGGUCGCAGAUACAAACACAAGUUACAAAGAAACAAUCAACGUGUCCAGUCAUCCUUCACCCAACAUUAUUGAGCAGAAAGAUGAUGUGAAUUAUUCAGAGGUUGUCAUACACCGUAAACUACAAGACAACAAGGUCUAUAAUACAGUGACUUAUUCUUCCAUCAGAGGAGUAAAGGCUGAAGCACAGGAAAACUGUUGCAAACUUUAUGCCUCGGUUAACAAGAUCAGACAUUUAUGAUUAAAAAAAUAAGAGUAUCAUAAAAGUUUAAUAAGAGUUUCAUACUAUUGUAGAGACUGUUUUAUAUGAUCAAAUCUAGGUGUUGUUUAUUUUGUAUUAUCAGUCUUUUGGUCAGUUUGGGAUGUUUGUAUCAUGACUAGAUGUGCUAGGUCAUUUGGAGGACAGUUUUAGAUCAUUCAGAUUAUUUUCUUUCUUUUUUUUUACUAUUUUUAACCAUUUUUAAAAGACGCUAUCCUACAACAUCCUCUUUAGUGGCUAAAGCUGAAAGACUGAUUUGUUUCUCUUAACAAAACUAGCUAGAGGAACUUUGAGAAGACAAAUAAACCUCUGUGACAACAAAACCUGCACUGUUAGAUGAAUAAUUUCCAGUGAUUGCAUAAAAAACAUUUACCAGUUGACAAAUUUUGCAUCAAUCCAAUUGUAGAAGUGUUGAGAUUUAGUUCAACUAGUGAAAUGCUUGUCAGAAUUAUUAUUAUUUUUGAAUGUGACAGAGGAUUGAAAUUCUGUUCUGCUUCAAGAGUCGAAAGAAAUCUUCUUAUUUUUGUUUUUGGAAGUGUUGUGUUAUCAUAUAUACAACCCCAAAUAGGUAUGUCUGCAGUCCUGACCUAUCUCCAAUAUAGAAUGUGUCACAUUCUGAAGCGCAAAAUGCAACAGCAAAGACCCUGUACUGUUGCCCACCUUAAGACUUGUUUGCUGGAAAAAUGGGGCAAAAUUACACCUGAAACACUUCAUCACUUGGUGUCUUCACUCCCUAAAUGUCUUUUAAGUGUUGUGAAUAGGAAUGGCAACAUUACAA